GGCCCCCGCACUUCCGGUAGCGCCGCGCUCUCCGGGCACUUCCGUCUCAGCGUGCCGGCGUGGCAGCGGGAUGGCGGGCGCCGGCUUGCGGGCAGUGCUGGAGCAGCGGCUUGGCGCCCUAGACAUCCGCACGGAGGUUGUGGAACACCCCGAGGUGUUUACAGUUGAAGAAAUGAUGCCACAUAUCCAGCAUUUGAAAGGAGCACAUAGUAAGAAUCUUUUUCUUAAAGACAAGAAGAAAAAAAGCUAUUGGCUGGUGACAGUUCUUCAUGAUAGACAAGUUAAUUUAAAUGAUCUUGCCAAGCACCUAGGUGUUGGGAGUGGAAAUCUGCGGUUUGCUGAUGAAACAGCCAUGCUAGAAAAACUAAAAGUUGGCCAGGGUUGUGCUACACCCCUGGCACUCUUCUGUGAUGACGGAGAUGUGAAAUUUGUUUUGGAUUCUGCUUUUCUGGAAGGUGGACAUAAGAUGGUAUAUUUUCAUCCAAUGACCAAUGCUGCCACCAUGGGAUUGAGUCCUGAAGACUUUCUCAAAUUUGUGAAGACAACAGGGCACGAUCCCAUAAUACUAAAUUUUGAUAAAAACUGAUUGGGCUGGUAGGGGGUAUGGAAUGGUAGGUAUAGCUCAGGGUCAGUGUUUGCCUAGGCAUGAGCUAGCAAGCCUCUGUUGAUUCCCAUCACAGUGAAAGAGAGAAAACAAACAAACAAACCCAACUGGGGUAAUGCUUAAAUUUUUUUUAAAAGAGUAAAUUUAUUUCUAAAAGGUAUUCUUCUUACAAUUUUUAAAAAGAAUUUAAAUUGGUGACUAUCACGAGGAGGGGGACUGAGUCUCACUAUAUAGUUCAAACUGGCCUUAAAAAUCACUGUGUAGCCUGGCUUGAUUCAAACAGUUCUCCUCCUUCGUCAGCCUCCUGAGUUCUGGGAUUAUGGACAUGUACCACCAUACCUGGCUGGGGGACGUUUAUCUUUAAAAUGUGUUUCUUAAAAAGAUGUAGUGAGGUAGUACUUUUAAGUUUGUCCAGACAUUCUGUCUUCUAUCUCUGAGAACACCCCUUCAUCAUAGGUCUGCUCAUCAAUAAUUAGGAAUGCUUUUAAGAUGAACUAAUCUGUACUUUCAGUGUUCUGUAUAUUUGAAAAAGUUAUAGACUGUUCUGUAUAAAAUUUUACAUACGAUAGCAUAUAUAAUAGGGAAUAAAAAAGAUGUAUGAAUAUA